AUGCAGCCGAAAUGGCGGCCCAAGUCGCUAUCCUAUCCUGCGAUCGUGCUUGCGGUGAUGAUCAAUAUUCUCGAGGCGGCCUCGAUCGGUCUUUUGGUCUUCCCCGCAGGCGGUGUGUUUGAGGGUCUGCAGGCCGAGGGUAUCGCCAUGUUCACUGCGUCGACGCUCUUUUCGCAGAUCGUGCUUAUUAUGGGAGGAACAAACUUCUCGCAGGCACAGGGAUUCAUGCUCAUCGAGGUCCUGCCGUUUAUGGAGACCAUGGCGAAUAAGCUUGCGGGGGAAAUUCCCGACGACCGCACGGCGCUUUUGGCGACUGUGGUCACAUCGUACGUUCUCUCGUCGCUCGUGCUCGGAGUACUGCUGCUCGCUCUCGGCUUUUUCGAGCUCGACCGCUGGAUCGCCUACUUCCCGAAUACGGUGCUGAUCGGCGCGCUGGGCGCCAUUGGCUUAUCGCUCUUUAUCUCGGGCUUCCAAGUGACGCAGCGCCAGACAUUCGAGUGGAGCCUGUCCUACUUUCACAAGCUCUUUGUCACGGAAACGAUGCCAGUAACAGUGGCAUCGCUGGUGCUUGGCAUUUUGCUCUGCUGUCUCGUGCGCAUUAAGCCCCGGAGUGGCACGACACGCCCGCUAUGGAAGUCGUCGUGGGUGCGCCGCAUCGAGUGGGAGGUGCGCAAGAUGUGUGCGAGUUCGUUCCUGGUGCCAAUGGUGCCCCUCGUCUCGGGACUCGCUUUCUGGGCUGGCGCCUUGGCGACAGGCACGUCGAUGGAAACGCUCGAGGAGAACCACUGGACCUUUACACAUAUUCCUGCAGGCACGACUCUGGCAUCGCGCAUGCAUUUUUACGAUUUUUGGCGCAUGUUUAAUUUCAAGAUUGUGCGCUGGCGCGCCAUUCAGAGCGUGCUAGUCGAGAUUGUGGUGCUGGUGGUCAUUGGCGCAUUGAACCUGCCGAUCUACUAUCCUACCCUGCGUGACCAGCUGCCCAAUGUGCCGCGUACGGCCUCGAUCAAACGCGAGUUUCUGGGGCACGGCGUCUCGAACCUCUUGUCGGGAUGCUGUGGAUGCCUGCCGAACAUUAUCGCCAUGUCCAACACGCUCUUUUUUGCACGCGCCGGCGGCGACCGCCCGGAAGCGGUCGUGGUCUUGAUCAUUACAUUUUUCUUUUUUAUCCUGUCAAAACUCGUCCAGCCGUACAUCCCGGUACUCUGCGCGGCGCUCGUGGUGUUCUUCUUUGGCAUCGAGCUCAUGGCCGAGGCCCUCGUCACGACUUGGCGCUCCAAGUCGGCUUUGGAAUACCUUGUGAUUAUGGGGACAAUGGCUACGUGUACCGCACUGGGAUUCGCGCAAGGCGUCGGCGUCGGUAUUGCCGCUACCUUGGCGGCCCUCGGCUUUGAGCACUUGGCCGACUACGAAAUCCGCACAUGCUUCCUGUCCGUCGCACAAAUGGCCAAGGAGCAGGUACUGUCGCAGCGCGUGUAUGAUAAGCUCUGUACACAGAGCACACAAGGCCAUUUGCAGAUUGGCGUCAUUUCCCUCAGUGGCACGGCUGGGUACACGUCGGCAAGCAAACUUCGACUCGCAAUCCACGCUAUGCAGAUGCACGGAUGCAGUGCAAUGGUGAUUGAUCUAACACACACUGUCCGCAUCGACUUGGCCGCGGCGGCUGCGAUUGCUUCGGAGCGCAGCAACAAGCAGCAAGACGUGCCGCAUCCCCCGGCGUUCUUGAUUGGGGUACCACGCUUCUCGCCUAGGUACGAUAUUCUCACUCGCGCGGGCGUUACGCCAGCACGCCCAAACGAACUCGAUGCCUUUGCCACCGCGGAUGCCAUGACCUACGGAGCAUGGCCGGUAUCCGACUUUGCCGAUGUGCUUGGUUGGCUGCUGAGCCAAGCGUCUGUGUCGCAGCCUCGUCUACCUACCUGGGCACUUUCCGCUCCAGGAACACAUAUUGAAGGCCCGGUGUACACUGACGAGUACGCUGGGGAUGCCGAGAUCGUGCGCAACAGUACGCGCUCUGUUGAUAUCGCUCUGCAUCGGCUUGAUAUGGCUUCGGCCGCGACGCCGACCAUUGACCCAACGCUGCCGCCCGAGGCCAAGUGGCGCGCUUGCUGGGAUCAGCUGUGUUGUGCAGUGCCCAGCACUGCUGCGGACGACUUUUCGAUUUCCGCCGAAUCGGAUAGGGUGCAGGGGGGCGCCGACGUCGGCGACCUGUCCUACACGCUGGAUGCACAGGCAAAGGACCAGCAGGUCUGGCUCGAAUCGUUCGUGCCGGUCCUCCAAAAGUAUGGCCGCAUCACAUUUCACGAACCCCGCAUGCUACUCUCGAGCGCAAGUGAUCCGAUGCCCGACCUGCGUGCACUUUCUCGUACCUUUGAUCCACGCCAAUCGUCGCGAUCUGGCUCGUCGCUGGCGUACCCUGCGAUUGUUCUUGGCGUGCUUAUCAAUAUUUUGGAUGCUGCCUCGACCGGUCUGCUAGUCUUUCCCACUGAUGGAGUGGCAUUCCAAGGACUACAGGCCCAGAGUAUUGCUAUUUUUACGACGUCGACAGUCAUUUGCCAGACUGUAUUCGUUCUGGGUGGCUCCAACUUCUCGCAGGCGCAAGGCGCAAUGCUAAUCGAGGUGCUGCCGUUUAUGCAGACCAUGGCCUCCAAGUUGUCGUCUCUCAUCAAGGAUGAUCGUGAAGCACUGCUUGCGACCGUGGUGACUUCCUACGUUCUUUCUUCGCUCAUCCUUGGCACACUGCUCCUGGCCCUUGGCUUCUUUGAGGUCGACCGUUGGAUCGCCUACUUCCCUGACACUGUGCUAGUCGGUGCGCUCGGUGCUAUCGGGCUAUCACUUUUUCUUUCUGGAUUUGAGGUCACGCAGCGCUCCUCGUUUGAGUGGACGCUGGAGUAUUUCCGGACGCUCUUUACGACGGCAGCGGUGCCUGUGACGGUCGCCGCAUUGAUCCUCGCCUUUGUGCUUAGCUCUGGCGUCCGCGUAAAAAAGCGGAGCGGUACGACGCGCCCCCAUUGGAAGACAGCCUUCGUGCGCCGGUUGGACUGGGAGGUCCGGCGAAUGUGCUCUAGCUCCUUCUUCAUUCCCAUGUUCCCGCUGCUGGUCGGCAUCCUGUUCUGGGUGGGUGCGUCCUCGAGCGGAAAGAGUAUGAUUGAGUUGGAAGACCACCAUUGGGUUUUUACGCACGUACCUCCGGAUGCCACAGUGGCCUCGCGUAUGAAAUUCUACGACUUCUGGUUUCUCUUCAACUUUAAGAUCGUACGCUGGGAUGCCAUCAAGAGCAUUAUGGUCGAGAUUAUCAUACUGGUGAUUAUUGGUGCGAUUAACCUCCCUAUCUACUACCCCACACUGCGUGACCAGCUUCCCGAUGCGCCUCGUACCGCGACAAUUAAGCGCGAGUUCAUCGGACAUGGUAUCUCCAACAUCGUGUCGGGUUUGUGCGGAAGCUUGCCCAACCUGAUUGUCAUGUCCAACACGAUCUUUUUCUCGCGUGCCGGCGGCGACCGUCCGGAGGCGAUCUGUGUCUUGAUUCUGACCGCUCUCUUCCUGGUCUUUUCGACCUUGGUCUUGCCUUAUAUCCCGGUGCUGUGCGCAGCCCUUAUGGUCUUUUUCAUCGGCAUCGAGCUGAUGGCCGAGGCGCUUGUUCCGACAUGGGGAUCCAAGUCUGCGCUAGAGUACUUGGUUAUUGUGGGUACGAUGGCUGCCUGCACAGGCCUUGGCUUUGCGCAAGGUGUUGGUGUGGGUCUCGCAGCAACACUUGCGGCGCUCGGCUUUGAGCAUUUGGCGGACUACGAAAUCCGCACUUGUUUCAUCUCGAUUAACGAGCUGGUCAGGGCACAGGUGCUCUCGCAGCGUGUCUAUGACCAGCUGAGUGUACAAAGUAACGAUACACCUCUCCAGAUUGGAGUCAUUUCGCUCAGCGGCACGGCGGGCUACACGACGGCAAGCAAGGUAAAACUUGCGAUUCAUGCCGUGCAGAAAGAAGGAUGCAGUGCCAUGGUCAUUGAUCUUACGCACGCCGUCCGUAUUGAUGCAGCAGCGGCCGCGGCCAUUGUAGCCGAGCGGCACAACCACCAGCCCGACGUCCAUCAUCCGCCCGCAUUUUUGAUUGGUGUCCCCUCGCGUUCUACUCGUUACGAAGUACUUGUGCGGGCCGGCGCAAUUGCUGCGAACCCCGACGAGUUAGACCCUCUUGGGGCAGCCGACCUCCUCAAGCGGGGCUUGUGGCCCGUGAGCGACUUUGCCGAAGUGGUGGGUUGGAUCGCAAGCCGUGCAUCGGUUUCGCAGCCCCGUCUUCCCCGCUGGGCGCGUAUGCCCUCGGACUCGGCUAGCAUGGCAAGCACGCUUGUGGGUCACGUCGACCGGACGCCCGACUCGCACUACAAUUCGCGGCAGGGGUCGAGGGAUAUUUCCUUGCAGCGUAUGGAUAUUGUUUCGCCGAAUGCGCCUACCAUUGAUCCCACGCUCCCCCAAGACGUCAAGUGGCGUGCCUGUUGGGAUCAGCUCUGUUGUACGCCGCUGGCCGGCGAUGCAGAAUCGGUUGUGACACAAGCGGAAAAGUCUGACUCAGGUGAGGGUGGUACGGACAUGGUCGACCUUUCCUAUUCACAGGACCCGUCUGGAGCGGCACAUCAAGUGUGGCGAGACUCGUUCGUGCCUGUGCUGGAGCAGUUUGGCCGGAUCAGCUACCAUGAGCCCCGCAUGCUUCUGUCGAGUGCCACGGACCCUAUGCCGGACAUUCGCAUCGUGGUAGUCGGUGCGCUUGAUCUGCGGUCUGUGGCACAGAGCUCGCCGCCCGGUACUCAUGCGCUAACCUCGUCGAACCCCGCUGGAAAAGUCGACCGUACGCCUGCCGACUGGCUGCACAGCGCGCUGGAUCGGACGCGUCCCCGUCUCCGUCGCCGCACGAGUGCACAUCAGGAAAGUGAUCCGCUGAAUGAAAUGCGCACUGAAGGCAUGUAUACGGAACGCAUUGCGCAAGGCGAUGUCGUCGGCCUGUCGCAGCUGAAUUUUGCCGAGCCGUGGCAGGGCGACUUGCUGUCAGGGGGCCACCUAAUUAAUACUACGAUUACAGUGGAUUUCUCGUCGCACGAUGUGCGCAAUGUACCUGAACUGGCCCUGGCGCUGAAUACCUACCACUCGCAUAAUCAGUUUCGCGUGCAGCGCAUCCAGGACAUGUACCGCCGCGGCGUGAACCUUGGCGAGGAGUACAAAUGGUAA